AUGGGCUUACCUGAUCUGGCUGAGAUCGAUAGCCUCGAGGUGGCCGUGAUUAUCACCGACGAACUGGAUCCGAUUUCACCCUCACCCAACCCCUCUGUUCAGCAUGCAAGUCAUUUCAUGGGAAUUCCCGUGUCCGCCGUCGAAAACCCCGGAGCUCGAGGAGGAGCGGCGUCAGAGAUGAAGAUGAGCAGCAUUUGCUGCGGUUCACAUGGCCUCAGUCUCAUGAUUACUGCGAAGAAAGAUGAGAGGACGCAUACUUUACUAUUUGACGCGGGACCCGAAGAUGAGGCGUGGGAGCGGAACGCCAAUCGAAUGAGAGCCGAGAUCGACAAAAUUGAGCAUAUCGUGCUGUCCCAUUACCAUCGUGAUCAUUCGGGAGGCCUUCUUCGUGCCAUUGAGAUGAUAAAUGAGAGGAAGGACACGGAUUCAAAAAAGGUGGUGGUUGAUUUGCAUCCCUCUCGACCUGAAUACCGGGGCAUUGCAACCCCCUAUGGGCCAAUAUCUCUAGAAGCGGAUCCAACCUUUCCUGAAGUUGAAAGGGCCGGGGCACAACUCCUUCUGUCAAAGGAGCCUCAUACCAUUCUCGAUAACAUGUUUCUGGUUUCGGGUGAGAUUCCCAGACAGACAUCCUAUGAGACAGGACUCCCAGGCGGUAUCAGAUUCACCCGGCAUGGCGAGGCCAAGAAGGAUGGGUUAUGGGAGAAGGAUGAGCAACUCAUGGAGGAGAGGUAUGUUAUGUGCAAGAUCAAAGACAAGGGACUGGUGAUCUUUACAGGUUGCGGCCAUGCUGGCGUUAUCAACACCGCACUCGAUGCCCAGCGCCUCAGCGGCAAGAAUGCUGUGUAUUACAUCUCUGGCGGAUAUCACAUGUCUGACGCUAGCCCCGAGAAACUUCAGAAAACCAUCCAAGAUAUGAAGGAUAUCAGGCCCCGUCUGUUGCAUGGUGGUCACUGCACAGGCUGGAAAUUCAAGACAGAGAUGGAGAAGGCGAUGCCUGGGGUUGUCGUGCCGUGCACAGUGGGUUUGACAUAUAGAUUCUGA